UCUUACACUCCUCACACCUUUCAAAUUCUUCUCUCAUUACCAAGAAAAAGAGAAGAAAGAGUUCUAUCAUUGUGAACUCUUGUUAGAAUCCAUUUUGUUCAUUACUCCGUUAUCUAAUCAAGAAAAUGAAGCAAAAGAUUGUGAUUAGGGUAGUGUCAAUGAACAAUGAGAAAUCUCGCUGCAAGGCCUUGAAGACUGUUGUUGGUGUAUCAGGUGUCGAAUCGGCCGCUGUAAAGGGGGACGAAGUAGAGGUGGUCGGAGAUGGAAUCGACGCGGUGGUACUCACGAGGGCGCUAAGGAAAUGCGUUGCGCCAGCGGAUUUGAUCAGUGUCGGGGAAGCCAAGAAAACCGAGGAGAAAAAGCCCGAGACACCGGCAACACCGCCGGUUUGGUCGUUCUACCCUCGACCUUACUACCCAAUAUGUGAAGUUAGGGACCCCUACCCUGAAACCCCGUGCACCAUAAUGUGAUGAACUAAUCAAAUAUGCAUCAGAAUUAUUAGUGUGUAAUAAUUCAUUGUGCUUAAGCAUAAUUAUGCUAUAUGUGUCUUCUCUCCAUGACAAUAGAAAUUUUAUAAAAGAUGGCGAUUAGCCGAUUCAUCACAAUAAAUAUUAUGAUUAACCACUA